AUGUCGUCAAACCACGCCUCGCUGGAUGCGGCGUCCAACGACCGCAAAGCCCGCCUUGCCAAGCUCGCGGCGCUGAAACGCAAGCAACCCGAAGACAAUACUAUGCCCGAUGCUGAUGCUGAUACCGCUCCGGAUGUGACAACAACCUACCUCUCCGGUCGCAAUUACGACGCCGAGACUCGAGGCCCGAAGCUGGGAUUCGAGGUAGGCCCGCAAGAAGGCCAGGUGACCGUGGAAACGCAGGCGGCCGAAAUCGCGGAAUCUGCCAAGCAGCAAGCUCAAGAGGACGAAGAAGGCGUCGAUCAGCCCAUCGAUCUGUUCAAGUUACAACCGAAGAAGCCCAACUGGGAUUUGCGACGAGACCUCGAGGAAAAGCAGAAGAUUCUGGAUGUGCGGACUGACAAUGCAAUUGCUCGACUGGUCCGGCAGCGGAUUGAGAAUGCUCAACGCAAGAAUACGGGCUCCAAUGGCGGUCACGAGGAGGGAGCGGGCAUUGCUGGUGAAGCUCUGGUGGAAGGAAUUCAUCUGCGUGAACAAGAGCAAGAUCAAGAUGAUACGAUUUGA